AUGGCUGACUCUAACCAGCCGGGCGAUGGGAACGAGGGCGCGGCCCCUCAACUAGCUAAUAUCAUCCAGGCGCUCGAUGUCAUACAUUCGCCUGCGUCCUCUAAUGAAGUCAGGAAGCAAGCAUCGGAGUUUCUCGAGCAGCAGAAACAUGAAAAGGCCGCCGUGCAGAAUGGCUACUUUUUGGCCGCAGACAAGAGCCAUUCUCCCGUAGUCCAGCACCUUGGACUGUCGCUCCUGGAGCAUGUCCUGCGGUACAGAUUCCUGGAGUUAACUCCAGAUGAAGUGAACCAUACCAGGGGACUUGUCAUGAGCCUGGCUGAAGGACUGCGAUAUCAGGACCCUCCUUACAUCCGCAACAAAGUGGCUUCAUUAUGGGUUGAAUUUGCAAAACGUACCUGGGGACUGGAAUGGCCCCGGAUGGAUGAGUCGCUGGUACAACUAUGGGGUGCCACCUUUACCCAUAAGGAGUUUGUGCUGACCGUGCUGGAGACUCUAUCGGAGGAUAUAAUACACCAGGAAGACACGGCGUCGUCCCUCAGAGGAACCGAUUUGAACAGAGCUCUAGUGGAAAUCUGCACACCGCACGACGUUUUCAAGGUGGCGUACCCAACAAGGGACCAUCAUACUGAAAUCCGCAGCGGGAGUGAGGGCUGGCUCUUCAGGGUUUCAUCUUUCUUAAGUGACUGUGUACGGAAUUUCCAUGCAUCUGCUGAGGCCAAAUCUUGUGCAUUGAAGUCUUUGAGCUGUCUGCGUUCGUUCGUUGCCUGGGUUAUACCAAUGGCUAUUGAUUCAUCCCAGUGUGUGACAGCCAUUUGCAGUGCCCUUGAAGUGGAGGACGAUGCGGUUCUUCUGGCGGCAGUUGAGGCGUUACACUCAUUAUAUGGGCGGUCAACUUAUAACAUUGAGGAAUUCCAAAGCCUUGUGAACGUAAUAUACCGGAAUGACCAUCUUAACCUCCUAAGGAAGUUAUACGAAUGGUCUAUAGUCAGCGCAGAGAAUAUUGUUGAAUCAAAAUACUCUAUAUCCAAAAAACUAUCUGAGUUGGUAUCCUAUAUCGCAGGUUUCCUAGAGGAGAAAAAUGUUGAUUUCACGAAAUGCGUCGACCUCCCUAGCUUUUUCUCCUUUCUUAUUAGUAUACUUCGGAAUCCAAGCCUUGUUGUGUCUAUACCAGUACUUCAUUCGUGGUCUAGAUUACUUGCCUCGAGCCACAUUGGGGGCUUGGAUAUUGUCAACAAUUUAAUAGGGCAGCUCCUGGAAAUCUGUUCGCAGCGCCUCAUACGAUACGAAGCUCUACCAGAGGAUUCCGACGACCCGACUAUGGUAUUUCUCAACGAGGACAUUGAUACCAUACCAGAACGCCACGCCUUCGUUGGGAAUUAUCGACGAUACUGCAGUCAAGUAAUUGAAGUUAUCGUUCAGAAACACGCACUUGAAGCCAUUCCUCAUAUCCUCUCCGGGGUGGACAGCGCCCUGAACAAUGUAUAUGCAGGGAGUGCUGGAUUCAAUGUGGCCACGUUUCAGAAGCAGUCAAUACCUGCUUUGCGCGCCGAUAUCCAAUUUACCGUAGUUGAGGCAAUGCUGAAGGGCUAUCUCAAAUGGAAAGGGUCAUUGGGCUCUAACCCUCAACAAGAUGAACAACAGCGUCUGGACCUAGAGAGCGCACUUGAAAACUGGGCUAUGGGCCUCAUGAACCGUAAUUUCGAGGAUCCAUGCAUAAAACAACGAGUACUACGGUUAUGCGUCGACAUUUCAGCUAAGGCGCUGGUAGAUCGACCAAGUUAUGCUCUCAAAAUCCUUGAGCAUAUAUUGAUGGUCCAGAUCCCCGAUUAUCCAGAGCAUUCUGCGUAUUCGGAGUCUGUGAGGGAACUCUAUAGUAUGGCCACGUACGAAAUUCGGAGGCUUGCUAUUAGAUACGCAGACUAUUUUGCCAAUUACUACGAGCCACUGGAACAAAAAGCUCAGGAAAUUGGGAAAAGGCCGAAUGAUGAAGGACGCCCUCAUAUGGAGUUAUCUGCGAUCCUUGUGAUUAUCAUGCAACGCGCUCGGAACGUGGAGCCGUAUAUUAGACAGACUCGAUUGAACUCAUUUGUUGACCCUAUCAAACAAGCGUGGACUAAUCAAGAACUCAAGCUGAUACUGGGCUCCUUCAAGGGAUUCUAUGAGAUCCUUGGUUUGGAUAAAGUACGCCCUUACCUUCAGAAACGAGAAGCACAGAAGCUAGAGGACUGGACCGCCGUCCCGCUUGAUGCAGAAGGCAUACAUAUCCAGGAAGAUUUAAGCAAAAAGUUUCAGGAACUACCUCUCCGUCCCACUCGCACGCUUCUUGCUGUAUCAACAGAAAAGGUGAAGAAAGAUGAGCCAGCAUACCAGAUUGCUCUUGACUUGUGGAAAGAUACUAUCCCCUUAAUCUUGCCAACCAUUCUCCAGCUUAUCAGUCAUGCGCAUGCUUUUCAUAAUCCUGAUAACUGGGAAGGACUUCCUGAGGACAUGCGUCCAGUUGUUGGUCGAAUUUUGACAGACAGGUUCUGGCAAGCUGGUAUCUCCAGUGGGAGCAGACAAGAAUUUUACUCAAAAAUAGCUGGGUCAAAGACCACGUUAGAGGGGCUUUCAUCAUCCGUCCGUGGGAAAGUGAGAGCCGUCAGAGAAGCCUGCUAUUCAAUUCUUUUUAGCAUGAGCAGGCUAGAAAACUACUUCUAUGGGUUUCCUGAGCUGCCCGCUCCCCUUUCACAGGCGCUUUACAAAGAUGCUUUCUCCCUAUCCUCACAUCAAUUUUCUGUUCUCUUAAAUAUCUCACGAUGUCUUAUAGAUGAUUGCCCAUCAGCUGCUCGUGCGGCUUUCCUGCCUCCAAUGAUGUCCGCGUUAUUUUUACAACUUGACCAGAAGGUCACUAGCGAGUGGGAUAUGAUCCAGCGCCGAAGGAUAGGUGCCGUUGACGACGAUCUAACUGAAGAAAUGAAAGAUGAGAGUAUUCUUAGGCAGUUGACAUACUCUGCAGUCAUCAUGGUAGCUAGUUUCUUGGACCCCGAGCGAGAAGGAGCUCAAGGCCAUUCAAAAACAGGAGAACUCAAGGCUGCUGAUGGAGAACAACCGGAAACAAUGCGAAGUUUCAUUAUAUCAUCUACCCAAAUACUUGAGCCGGUCCUUUUAUUCUGCACGCAUGCCUUGCAAAUGCAUGAUACUCGGUGUUGCAUUAUUAUAACCCGCGUUAUUCGAUCCAUGCUAACGGAAUUUGUUCCUGCGACUGACACGCCAACUGCAGCUACUAUCCGGGAAUUCAUCAGCACUGAGGUUUUGAAAGCUUGCAUAAACUCAGUUCAUGAUCCAUAUUUUGUGGACAUGCAAAAGGAUUUGGCACAGCUCAUUUCUUCCAUAUGGAUUUUAUAUGGUCCGACCACAAACACUCCUAGGGCUAUCAUUCUGAGCCUACCAGGUAUGCUGGAACAGAAAGUGAAAGCAGCAGAGGUGGCACUUCACAUUUCAGCCUCAAGCCGACAACAGAAAGCCAUCGUAUUGGAUCUGCUAGAGGGCGUACGAGGCGUGAGAAUCAGUGAGCAAGGACGUAUUUUGGGUACGGCCGCUAAUCGUCGAAAGGAACGCAGUGCAAUGCAGGCGCGAUAUAUGUCCACAGAAAUGGAGGGCCAAGAAGCUAAGAAAGUCGACGUGAAUGACGGGGCAGACCUAACCUUCGUAGCCGACAUGUUCAAUCAGGCUUAA